UUUAUUUCGAAAUCACAAUUUCAUAAAGCUGAAUCAUAUUUGAUCAUCAACAAAGAUUUAUCUAUAUUAACAAGAAAUUACAUUAAAAUAUGAAACUGCUUUACAUAUAAAGAAUUCAAAAUUAAAACUAUUAAAAAAAAUUCAUGUUAGAAAAAAUAAAUCAAUAAGCAUUUGUAAUAUAAAAUAAUUUAAAAUGCAUAAGUUUACUGCAGAUUUAAAUUUGUUAUAUGAAAUAGUAGUUGUUGCAGAUACUUCUAAACAAAGAGGAUCAUUUCUUGCAAUAUUUGAAGCAUAUGAUACUGUUUUAAAAAGAAAAAAUAUAGAUUCAACCAAUGACCGUGUGUACUACAAAUAUAUCUUAAAACUUGUGCAAAUACAGGGAGAAGGAUGGGAAUAUAAAUUCAAAUCUUUAAUAAAGAAUAUGGGCAUUGACUUUAGGUCAAUAAAAAAAACGACUCCAGAGAAUAGUAUUCUAGAUCAUAAAAACAGAGACACAGAUCAUACAUUUACUCCUAACUAUGAAGAAUCAUCAAAAAGCUUAAAAGAUUUUUUUUAUAGUUCAGACGAAACAUCCAAUAGCUCCUUAGCUUCACAAAUAACCAAAAGUUCACCCGUUACUACUAAGUCUUUACAAAAAGAAAAUGUUAAAAUAUCAACAUAUAAUAACAAUAUUGUAAAAAAUGCAAAACAUGCAGAAUAUAUUUACAACGAACGCUGUAUACUAAUAAAACAAAAAUAUUUUAAGAUUUGGGUUAGAAGAACGGAAGAUAUUUUCAACUAUUUUCAAUCUAUGUAUUCUAAAGCUAUUUUACAUGAUUCAUAUAUUUUAUCUUUCCAAGCACUAAAAAUCUGGCACCAAAAAUCAUUAUAUCUCAAAAAAACAAAAAGAAAUGCAGAAAAUGCAGGAAAUUAUGUAUUAAUGGAAAAAAGUUUCAUAAAAUGGCUAAAGAUGUUAUAUAUAAAAAAAAAAAAGCAUCAACAAUUAUAUAAUUUCAUAUUAAUGAAAAUUUUUUUAAAUGCAUGGCGAAAAAUAUGGAUAAUGCAAUAUAAAAUAGCUGCAUUACAUCUUCUAUCUUUUCCAUUUUCUAUAUGGAAAAAAAAAUUAUUAAUACAAAAAAACAUAAUGUAUAAAGCAAUAGAAUGGCAGAGACAACAUCUUUUAAAGCACAUAUUUAUUAGUUGGUUUACUAAAACUUAUUUAGACAAAUUAAUACUAAAUAAAAGUUCAAAAAAAAAGUAUGAUACUUUUCUAUUAUGGAAAUCACAACUUCAAUUAAUAUAUACAAAAAACGAAACCGCUAUUAAAAAUUAUUCAAAAAAAAUAAUAAAUUAUUAUUACAAAUUAUGGUUCCAGAAAUCAAAAAAAAUUUACAAAAACAUGAUUAAAGCAAUUGCUUUAUCGAAUAACAUGAAUAUAAUCAAGAUCUUUCAUACAUGGGAUAUAAAAUAUAAAAUUGAAAUAUCAAAAAAAGAAUUUUUGUCUUUUAAAAAUAAGUCUCUUUGUAAAAAAUAUUUCUUAAACUGGAAAAAAAAAACAGAAAAUAUGCAGUUAGCAUCUAAUUUUUUCAACUAUACGCUUUUACGCUUAACAUUUAUAAACUGGCGUCAAGUGCUUUAUCUUAAUAUUUUAUUAAUUAAAUUAGAAAACAAAUUAAGAAGAAGAAUUAUAUACAAAUGGAUUCUAAAAGAAAGAUUGAUUUUAUUACUUCGAGUAAGAGGACGUAGACUAUACUAUUUAACGUUUUAUCUUUGGAAAAAAUAUUUUCGUACAUUAGAUGAUAGAAAUAUCCUAUUGAUCUCCAUAUUAAAGAAUAAAAUUGAUCGCAGAAUUAAAAUUGUUACUUUUUUAGAAUGGAUUGAAAAACUCACCCUUUUAAAUAAAAAUAAAAAAAACGCAAAGGGAAUAUAUUCUGCUAAUAUAAAAAGAAACAUUAUUAAUAUAUGGAGAAAAAAAAAUAUCAAUAUUCAGGAAAAUAAUCUUACUGCAAAAUAUAAAAGCAAUUAUUUCUAUACAAAACAUAGUAUUCUUCAUUGGAAAGGAAAAUUUCAUAAAAGAAUUAAAUCCCGAGAACAACAUGUCAACUUAUUCAUUUAUAAUCAUAAUCUUAAACUUUGCCAUAGAACUAUUAUGCAUUGGCAAUAUUAUUUUAAAAGUAUCAUAUUAAAUUAUGACAUUGCUCUUAAAUUUCGUGCCAGUAAGUAUCAAUGCCUUAUAAUACAAUUUUUUAGUAUUUGGACAAAUAAAUAUAAAAAUCUCGACAUAAUACUUAUACAAACUCGAAAAGAAAAAAACCUAAAGAACAUUAAGUUAUACUUUAUAAAAUGGAAAAAAAAACAAAAUAUUAUACUUUCCAUGAGUAAUAACGCUCUAGUUAUUUUAAUAAAAAAAAAUCAUACGCUUAUAAAGAAGUACAUUAGAAAAUGGGAAUUACAUAUAUUACAAUUACGGGGGCCGGAAAUUCAAGCACAUCUUUUCAAAAAAAAACAAAAUGAAUUAUUUAUGAAAAAAACAUUUUAUUUUUGGAAACAUCAAUUAAAAAAAAAGAAUGUACCAGAAAAAGAAAGUACAAAGAAUGAUAAUUUUUCCUUAUUUGGAAACUCAUCAAAUAUUAUAUCUUACAAUAAUUUCGCAUUGUCACCUUUUUUAAACAAGUUACGAUUUACAAAGCUCUAAUGCUAAAAACCAAAUACUAAGAAUUCAAUUAAGUAAUUUAGAAGAGCACAAGAAAUUCUUCAUAAUAUUUAACAUAUAUAAUAAUAAAAACUAUAUUUUAAAAUUUAAAUUUCUUA